AUGUCAGCAGCUGGAAUGAGUUUGGAAAAUCGCCAAACUAUCAUCGAUGUAGCACGUUGGUGUCAAGCCCAAGUAGACAGCACACCCGACCGUGAAACAAGAACAAAGGCUAUGGUCGUCGACCGCGUGGGCAGUUCAGUUCUGUUCAAAACAGACACUCAGCGUGUUCACUUCCAAGACAAUUGCACCUAUUACGACGAGUUGACAAGUCCUGACGUCUCACGAGUUUUCCUUUGGAAAGGCAAGGGCAGCCGUUUCAAGCGCGACGAUAGCGACAAAAGUGACACUGCAGCCAUAUUCAAGACCCCGAUCAAGAAGCGUAGAGCUUUGAACCUCUCUCAUCUCGUUCGCAUGCCACGAUCCGGCCUAAUCUUCGAGAGCCAGCACGCCGUCUUCGGACGUAACGAGAGGGAUCGCCUCGUGGUUGCUGCUCUCUACCGCGCGAACGUUCCAAUAACAAGCCAGGGAGUGCACUGCGCGUUGGUGACCAUGUUCCGCAACGCCAGGGCCUUCUUGGCCAACUGGGACACUUCGAUGCUGUCCAUCUACGACAUCUUCGAGCCCAUCAAGAUUGCCACUACCUGGGCAGAUUCCAUCACCAUCGCUGUGUUCAUCGAUCUUUUCUUCCGAGUGCUAGCGGCAAGGGAAGCUUAG